AUGAACACUGUCUUAGGUCGAGCGGAACAUUUGUUUGUGAUGCUACUUGGCUACCUAAUAAGUCUAGUUUUUGGGAGUUUAUUUCUGCUUGGAAUAGUGUCGACAGAGUCAAAAAUCUAUGUUGUGCGUAACCAACCUUUUGAUGGACUCGUAGAGAGCUUCCCGGAUGCUGUCAGCCUCUUUGGACCUGAAAUUUUCCACAGAGAUGGUUACCUUGUAACAGCAUAUCCACUUACUGCAUGUCAAGAUAUCGAACCACCACCAUUUGUAAACACCAGCACAAGGGAUUUCAACAAAAGUUCACCCUUAUCGUUUUUUUCAUAUUUUGCAUUAAUUCAACGUGGAGAAUGUGAUUUCGAUUCGAAGGUUUUGAACGCUCAACGCAGUGGUUAUACAGGAGUCAUAGUUUUCAACACAAUCGAUGAUAAAAUAUUCCCAAUGAAUGGUCGAAAACAUAUCGACCAAAUUAUGAUCCCGUCUGUUAUGGUAGAUAAAAAAGCUGGUUUAAAGUUGAUGAAUUAUUCUGUCAAUAAUCGUUCACAGGAAUUUAUGAUAAAUAUGGUCAGCUUUUAUGGUUUGCCACUGAAAUACAUACUUCUCUCACUUCUGAUUGUUGUUGGAGUUUCGUUGUUAAUUCUUGUGAUUUCAUUUGUCGUCCACUUAUGCCGCUUUUGGCGUCGAAUUCAUCGUGGUCGUCUUUCUCGACGACACUUGCGUCAGUUGGUCAUUAAACGCUUUACAAAAGGUUUGGACUCGUAUGACGUGUGUUCAAUUUGUUUGGAGGAUUAUAUUGAUCGAGAUAAACUGCGUCUUUUACCUUGUCAACAUGCUUUCCACAUGAAGUGUAUUGACCCCUGGUUGUUGUGCAAUCGCCGACGUUGUCCAAUAUGUAAUCAAGUAGUAGAGCUGCAAGGAGCACCAUCAGUGCCAGUUGAGAAUGAAACAGAAGUUUACAAUAAUGAAUUACUGAGAUAUCUACCGAGGAGAUUGUAUAAUUUUAUUCGACGUAAUAGUUAUGAACGAAAUGAUCGACGCCUUUCUGUAGAUUCUCAGCAAUCUAGUGGAUAUUAUGAAGCUGGAGGAGAGAGAACUCCCUUGUUAAGCACAGAUGCAACAACUCAACAUCAUGCUUGUAAUGAUGCUGGUGUGCAUAAUUCUCUUUUGCAGCCACAAUUUCCGGAAACUCAGUCUUCAUUUCAAGUUGAUGAUGAUGACGAUGAAUUAGUUGAUCUAAGUCGCCCUUUCGAUCAAAUUCCAGUCCACCUGCAAUUGAAUCUGAAAGUUUGUUUAAUGAUAUGCAUGAUGCCUUCAGUAUCUCCUGUUCAACCUCAUCAACCCAUUUACUUCAUAAUAUUAAGUCUACAAGUCAAUCAACUCACCCAUCGUUCAGUGAAGACAAGAAUGUAUCUUUACAUUCUCAGACGGUAAUUAAACUGGCUCCAACAGUGAUAUCAAUGGCAGAAACAAUGACGAUGACAUCAGGGGAAAAAUCACUACCAACAACGGUAGCUAGAGAUACAGGAGAGGAUGAUCUGUUAAUAACUGAUGUUAAUGUUGAGAAGAUUGCCUGAUAUUACUUCAGUAUUAAAGGAUUUUUUGAUCGUAUCUUCUGUCUGUUUCAUUGUCCCUGAAACGUUUCUUUGUUGAGGUUGAUCACAGGUUUCUCAUAUUCGCGUGUGUGUGUGAGCCCAUAUAAUGGAGUAGAAUGUGAUCACUAUCCUCGUUUCUGUCAUAUAUAGACUCACGUAAUAUACCACUCACAUUAGACAUAAUAGUCUGUGUUUAUUAACUUUCACAUAUUACUAAUCUAUUGUUAUUAUUUUUUUAAGUAUAAAAAUUGCUCCUGCAUACUUUGGUUAAACUACGAUUCUUUAACUUUUGGUAUUAUUACCGAAGACGAUACACUUAUUCGAUAUAUAUAAACAACUAGUGAAUGCUUAUCACUGAAUAACUGGUUAUUUCAAGCAGGCACAUAAGUAAGGUUCAUGAUUUAAGGUGAAAGCGUAAAAAUUCACCCUUUAAUUAAAAAAAAAGAUACUACCACAUGUUCAACAUCCUAUUUGUUUAUUUCAUCAUAAAAGUAUCUUAUUUUUAUUAGUAAUUCAGUUAAUUGGUAAAUUAUUAACUAAAUAAAGAUUCAUCUUGAUCAAUUUUAUAUUGUUUUGGCUGUGUUACAUUAUAUUACCUGUUUUCGAAUAUAUCAGUGUGUUCAAUUGUGAAUAUGUUUUGUUUGAAUUCAUAUCUUCACUACUCUGAUAUUUUAAAUUUGGAAUGAAGCAAUAUUUGGAGGUAGGACAGGUGGACAUUAAUUAAUAUCAUGAUGUGACAGAAUAGCAUUUGCUUCAUAAUUUCGUUACGUUUUCAUAAGUGGAUAGCAGCGUAUAUCAUUAUUCAUCGAGAGAAAUACACAUACGUGCACAUUCAUUCGUUCUCAUUAACUUUGUACUAUUCUCUUCUUGUAAACAAUGCAGUCUCUUUUCGUUAUUUUUCUAAUUGAUUAUAAAUGAAAUAAAAAUUUGUGUAGUACUAAAACUAAAAUGGUUUCCUUUUAGUUUUGUUAUCUUUCACUAUCACUGAUAUUUGUCCUUCUUUUUCGUGAUGGUAGUUGCACCAUUUGAGAAUCAUGACUGUAUUUAGCUUUCAUUUAUGUGUUAUAAAGAACAAGGCGUUCGGCUCAGGGAUUGACUUUUCAAACUGCACAUUCCUAAAUAAAUGUAAUAUUCUG